UCUUGAAUACGAUCGAAUAGCAUGUCAGGCAAUAAAGGGGAAAACUGGUAUUGCUGAAUUAAGAAUUUUCCCCCCAUUUUAACUGCUGAAUCACGUCGUCGAGCACUGCUUUUCGAGAGUUGAUUUGCUAAAAGAAGAUUUCAUGCAGACAUUAUGUCUCAAAGACUGAAACAAACAUGUAUCCAUAGUAUCUCGAAAAUCUUCCGUAGCAACGUUUAUCUUUUACUGUCUUAGUUGAACAUCAUUGCAAAAUAACUUCACUGCUCAACGUCGGUAACUCAACUUCCAUUCCUAUGGCGCACGUCAGCCUUGUGUGGACGCUCCCGCCAAUCUUCCACUUGGCGUCGUUGGCGGCCGGAUUAUGUGUCAUUAUGGUGUUCUGCCUUAUGAACGCAUAUCGACCAUCGUUAGCGGAUCGAAUAUCAUUGAGAUUGGUAUUUGCAGCCAAUAUUUCUGGGGUAAUUUUGUCUGUCUGGCAAACAGUAGUAGUCUUCCUCUCCAGCUCUCAUAGAACAGCAUGCCUUGCUGCUGAGUUCUUUUUGACUAUGAGCGAUACGGCUGCCUCACUUUUUCUCAUGUUUGUCGGCUUCAACCUUAUGCUUCUCGUGGUGUUCCGCAUUCCAGCUUCACGACCGAUUGAAUAUAGCUACUACAUUUUCAGCUGCCUCGUCGGACUUAUAAAUGGUCUCGUUAUCGUCUUACGCACAACACGGAGCUUACCUGAAUCAGAUACCCCAAACUGCUGCAUUUUUGUCAUAGUAAUCAGUUCUAUUGUUUUUACAAGUACCAUUAUUGUAUUAUACUCGAAGAAAGGAUGGGUCCACCAAGGCUGCGAUCUACGUCGUCCUAAUAAUUCGUGGAAGCCAAAUCAGCGACCGACACAGGGCUCGCCGAGUGGAAGUUCGAAUGAUCAAGUAAUACUGUUUAAAAAAGUCGUUUUCAGAUGCCUUCUAUAUCCAGCAGUCCUUAUUUUUAUCAACCUCUGGGGAUUUAUUUACUUCAUGGUGGCCGUGGUACAGAAAAACUUGAAUUUUGUCUUGCUUCUUCUGGAUCAAUGUAUUAUUGGAAGUGCAGGCUUAUUCGUCGCCAUAAUUUUCUUUUCUGACCCAGCCGUCAAAAAAUCGACAAGCGAUUGCUUGGAAUGGAUUCAUGCACAUUACGUAGAUGAAUACACCGAAAAUUCGAUACCAACUGCAGGUCAGAGACGCAAAUCGAUGAGAAUCAUAAAUGUGAGGACCCGUCUAUCCACGCAAACAUCUGCAGAUUCAAUAGCCGUAGACCGACUGGUUCCAUAUCCUCAUCCAAGGCUAGCUAAAUAUCUGAACUGGAUAUUAACAAAAGUCUUCAGGUGGAAGGAAAGACCGCGGAUAUGCCGGAGUGUUAGUCAUCUUAGCCAUAUGAAGGGGACUUCUCUUGAAAAGGUGCGGACAGGGUCAACGUUUUACCUUCCAUCCGUUGACGGGUCACUAGAAGAUAUCCAUCAAAUGGACAUGAACGGUAUCUCAACAACUGACAUGUCAAUACCAGACAUUGUAGUGACCGGCGAUAAGGGACUAACCGUUCCCCCCGUCAGUGAAGCUGCCUCAGUGACAACCAGCGACAAAUCAAGUGGUCUAAGCCAUGAAAAUUUAAGGGAACAGUUAGACAAGUAUUCCAUCAGCGAAAGUGAUGAAGCGACAGAUGAUGAAGUGCCACAUUUUCCAGAUCAUGUCCUGAACGGAAUACGUCCCAGUCCAGCUGCAGCACACCAUGCAGCUCGUCCACCCGAUCCGUACGACGAUAGCGAGGAAGAUUGCCAUACGAUAGACAGUAAAGGAUUAGACCUGGAGGCUGUGGGAAUGGAUGAUAGACCACAUUACUAAGAUCAUUUGGAGAUCAAUGUCGCUAGUUGUUCUGAAAUGUACUCUGUGUUUAUACUCGUGCCCGAAAUCAGAGCAUGUAGGCAUAAAUUAAUGCAUUCGUUAAUGAUAUUACACAUUUUUUCAAAAACAGUAAUUGUAGCUCAAAAUGAUUUUAUA